CGCACAUCCGGACAUCGAUCCCCACAGAGCCAGGGCGUGCAGGCGGGCGGGCGGGCGAGCGAGCGAGAGGAAAAGCCAAGGCGGCAGCAGUAGGCAGCCACCAUCAAUAAAGAAGGUCCAAGCAUGUCGGGGGUGUGGGUGUUCCGGAACGGCGUGGUGAGGCUGGUGGAGAACCCGACGUCGGGGAACGCGGCGGCGGCGCCGGGCAAGCGCAAGGCGCUGCUGCACACGCCGUCCGGGGAGGUGGUCACGUCCUACGCCUCGCUGGAGCGCAAGCUGGCGGCGCUCGGCUGGGAGCGCUACUACGCCGGCGGCGGAGACGGCGGCGGCGCCGGCCUGCUGCAGUACCACAAGCGCACCUCCGUCGACCUCAUCUCGCUGCCCAAGGACUUCGCCCACUUCGGCUCCGUCCACAUGUACGACAUCGUCAUCAAGAACCGCGACGCCUUCCGCGUCAUCGACGCCUAAUUAUAAGCUAGCGGAUGCAGCAGAUGACAGAUACUCACCUCUCCUCGCUCGCUCCUCGCUCCGGCCAGUGCAUCAUCUACCUCGCUGUAGCUACCUACCUACCCUAAUAUAAUAGCAGCUAUAGCCUUCGUCACCCAUUGCUCGAUCGAUUUAGUUGCCGUGUCGAUCUCAGUGCCGCGUUGGUCUAAAUUAAUAUAUAUAGAUCAUGUACUGAUGAUUUGGUUUGUUCAUG